AAUGUAAGGGACAUUCUUCCCAAUGACCACCAAUGUAAGGGGCAUUCUUCCCACUGACCAUCACUGUAAGGGACUUUCUUCCCACUUACCAUCAAUGUAGGGAGUAUUCUUCCCACUAACCACCAGUGUAAUGGGUCUCUUUUCCACGGACCACCAUGUGGUGAUUGCCUCUUACUGCAGUCACAUGAUCGGGAGUCCAUCCCGUUGGCCAAGACCAUCAGCUGUCAGCGGGCAGAUUCUCACCACACAACCUCAGGCUGCUGUGGGCACAUUUUUCCUGCCACCGCAUACUGUAUAUGCAUUAUGC